AUGGAAAGGUGUUUGGUUUUGGUUGCCCUAAUGCUAUCCCUUUGCAUGGCAUCUGCUGAUGAUAAGGCUGCCCUAUUGGCCUUGAAAGCCACAAUAACAUCCGAUCCUUUUGGCGUCUUGUCUAACUGGUCUCAUCAAACUCCCUAUUGUGAUUGGAUUGGUGUUACUUGCAAUGCUAAUAAGCACCAAAGAGUGACCCAAUUGAAUCUCUUCAAUCUGGGCCUCAUCGCCACCAUUCCUAAGGAGAUUUCUCACCUCUCAUUCCUUUCAACUCUCAACAUCAGAGCCAAUAGUUUCCAUGGCCAUAUCCCAGACACCAUUGGAUUCUUGACCAAACUUCAGAUUUUGGAUUUGUCCUACAAUAGUCUCACUGGAAACAUUCCGGCAACUUUGUACAACGUUUCUUCUUUGCGUUUAGUAGAUUUGGGAACCAAUCAUCUCUCGGGGACGCUUCCAGGGGACACUUUUUGUGAUAAUUUCAGGCUGUUACGAGCCUUGAAUCUUUCAGUAAAUGGAUUGAGUGGUGAGAUUCCAUCAAGUCUGAAUAAAUGUAUGGAACUUAGGAUUUUGGACUUGGGAGAUAAUGAAUUUCAUGGAAGCAUACCACCUCAAAUUGGGAACUUCUCCAAGCUCCAGCAGUUAAUACUACUUCGUAACAAUUUGACAGAGCAGUUGGUUUCAAUGGAAAGGUGUUUGGUUUUGGUUGCCCUAAUGCUAUCCCUUUGCAUGGCAUCUGCUGAUGAUAAGGCUGCCCUAUUGGCCUUGAAAGCCACAAUAACAUCCGAUCCUUUUGGCGUCUUGUCUAACUGGUCUCAUCAAACUCCCUAUUGUGAUUGGAUUGGUGUUACUUGCAAUGCUAAUAAGCACCAAAGAGUGACCCAAUUGAAUCUCUUCAAUCUGGGCCUCAUCGCCACCAUUCCUAAGGAGAUUUCUCACCUCUCAUUCCUUUCAACUCUCAACAUCAGAGCCAAUAGUUUCCAUGGCCAUAUCCCAGACACCAUUGGAUUCUUGACCAAACUUCAGAUUUUGGAUUUGUCCUACAAUAGUCUCACUGGAAACAUUCCGGCAACUUUGUACAACGUUUCUUCUUUGCGUUUAGUAGAUUUGGGAACCAAUCAUCUCUCGGGGACGCUUCCAGGGGACACUUUUUGUGAUAAUUUCAGGCUGUUACGAGCCUUGAAUCUUUCAGUAAAUGGAUUGAGUGGUGAGAUUCCAUCAAGUCUGAAUAAAUGUAUGGAACUUAGGAUUUUGGACUUGGGAGAUAAUGAAUUUCAUGGAAGCAUACCACCUCAAAUUGGGAACUUCUCCAAGCUCCAGCAGUUAAUACUACUUCGUAACAAUUUGACAGUACUCAACAUUGCGGAUAAUGAAAUCUCUGGAAUUCUUCCAAAUGACCCCUGUUAUCUCCUUCCGGAUGUGGUGAACCUGAAUAUCGCUACAAACCGUAUUCAUGGAGAGAUCCCUCAAGCUCUAUCUACUUGUCGGAGACUUAAAGCACUUUCCUUGUCUGGCAAUCAACUCUCCGGAAGAUUCCCUGCUCAAAUCUGCAACAUAUCAUCUCUUCAGGAGCUUUAUCUUGUAGGAAUGAACUUGACAGGAAUUAUACCAAAUGAAAUUGGGGAGUUGUCCAUCCUUCGAAGGUUCAUAGUUUUCCAAAACCACUUGACUGGUAUGAUACCCUCAUCAAUUGGCAAUAUAUCGACUUUGGAAGAUUUUGUUGUUGGAGACAACAAUUUGCAAGGUAAUGUUCCUCUAGAGCUAGGAAAGCUUUCAAGACUCGAAGGAUUGUCACUUCGCAAUAAUAAUUUUAGUGGUGAAAUACCAUCCACCAUUUUCAACAUCUCUACAUUACAAACGAUUGAGCUAACAUCAAAUAACCUUUAUGGCAAUCUUGAACUAGCUCUAAGACAUUGGAUAUCCCCAAGUCUUGAAUCACUUUUGAUGGAUGCAAACCAAUUCACUGGAACCAUUCCCAGCUCCAUAUCAAAUGCCUCCCAACUCACAGAACUUGAGCUUGGGAAUAACAUGUUUAGCGGUCAUGUACCUUUGGAGAUUGAAAAUUUACAAAAACUUGAACACUUUCACAUACAAUACAACCAAUUCACAAAUGAGCCAUCAUCUAAUGAGCUAAGCCUACUCACUUCAUUGUUGAAAUGCAAGAAUUUGAGAACUGUUAGUUUGAGUGGCAAUCCAUUCAACACAGUUCUACCUAACUUGUUAGAUUUAGGCAAUAAAUCUUUGCCUUUGGAAUUCUUAGUUGCUGCUGAUUGUCACUUGAAAGGCAACAUUCCAAGUGGAAUUUGUAACUUUAUCAACUUGCUUGUUUUGGAAUUGAGUGACAACAAGCUCUCAGGUCCUUUUCCUGAAUCAAUAGGACGAUGUUUGUUGCGGUUACAAGGUUUAUACAUAUCCAAUACUGAAAUUGAGGGAUCAAUACCAAACACCAUGUGUUAUUUGAAGGACUUAUUUGAAUUGGCUCUUAGAGACAAUAAGCUCUCAGGGAAAAUACCAAGUUGUUUUGGAAAUCUAUAUUCUUUGAGAAAAAUAUAUCUAGGUUCCAACUUUUUUACAUCUAGUAUACCACUUGACUUCUGGAAUAACAAGGAUGUCUUAGAGAUGGACUUAUCCUCCAAUUUACUCAGUGGUACCUUGCCUUAUGAAAUUGGAAGUAUGCAUAACUUGGUAUACCUCAAUCUCUCAGGCAACCAAUUUUCUGGAGAAAUUCCUAACACCAUUGGGCAACUUCAGAAUUUGCUUAAUCUCUCUCUAUCAUCAAAUAGGCUUCAUGGUCCUAUUCCCCAAUCAUUUGAUAGUCUCAUAAGCUUGCAAGCAUUAGAUUUAUCUAAUAACAGCCUCUCUGGUGGUAUUCCAAAGUCGAUGGAGAAGCUCAAAGAUCUAGUGUAUCUAAACCUGUCUUUCAAUGAUCUGAGUGGUAAAAUUCCAAAUGGUGGACCUUUUGCAAAAUUUAGCACCGAAUCAUUCAUGGGUAACAAGAAACUAUGCGGAGCUUCUCGGUUCCAUGUCAUGGAAUGCAAAGAAGGUAAAGAAAAACGAAGAAACACUACCAUAUUUCGCAAGUAUGUUCUGCCAUCUCUUGUAUCUGUGGUUGUUGUUGUUGUUGUUGUUCUACUGGUUUUGUUGCUUACGUUUCGGAAGAGAAAUAAACGAAGGGCGCCUCGUGUUGAAAAUGUAGUUGAUGAUGUUACCCUCAAGAGGAUUUCAUACUAUGAAAUUCUUGGUGCUACAGAAGAUUUUGAUGAGAGCAAUUUGAUAGGCAAGGGGACAUUUAGCUCAGUGUUCAAGGGCACUUUUGCUGCUGGGUUGGUUCUUGUUGUAAAAGUCUUCAAUUUGGAUGUGCAAGAUUCAAUCAAAAGCUUUGAAGUAGAGUGUCAAGUGCUAAGGAAUAUUCGACACAGAAAUCUUGUCAAAGUAAUAACCAGUUGUUCUAAUCUUGACUUCAAAGCUCUGAUUUUGGAGUAUAUGCCCAAUGGGAGUCUAGAUAAAUGGCUAUAUUCACACAAUUAUUUCCUAGAUAUAUAUCAAAGGCUGGGAAUAAUGAUGGAUAUUGCGAAUGCACUCGAGUAUUUGCAUCACGGACAUUCUUUUCCAGUGGUUCAUUGUGAUUUGAAGCCUGGCAACAUUCUUUUAGAUGAAAACAUGGUUGUUCAUGUUGGUGAUUUUGGUAUAGCUAAGCUACUAGACAGAGAUAAGGCCACUCAACAGACAAAAACCAUGGGCACAGUUGGAUACAUGGCUCCAGAGUAUGGUUCUGCAGGAAUAGUAUCCACCAUGGGAGAUGUAUACAGUUAUGGGAUUUUACUAAUGGAAGUGUUCACAAGAAAAAAACCCACAGAUGAGAUCUUCCAAGGAGACUUCACCAUGAGGAGAUGGGUGUCUGAUUCAUUGCCUGAUGAAAUAAUGCAAAUUGUUGACUCCAAUUUAGUGACAAGAGAAGAAGGUGUUGGGCAAGAAAUAGAGGAGUGUUUCUUGAUGGUGAUGGGAUUAGCUAUGGAAUGCACAUCUGAUGUUGCAGAGGAGAGGAUCAAAAUGGAAGAUGUCAUAGUAAGACUUAGGCAUGCACUGCAAAAGUUCAACCAAAAUGUCUCUGUAAAUUUAGUAAUAAACUAG